AUAUAUUUCAACUGUUCACAAAACCGCAUUCUAACUCAGGAACACGUAGUGCGCGUGAAAAUGGCGGAGGAAAACCCUGCGAAAGAGAGCCGCAUCCGAAUCGCAGAAGAGCUGCCGGUGACGGCCGUAGACUUCAUCAAGCAGGAGAGUUGGGACAGUUUCUUCACCUCGAAAGGCGCCGACGAUUUCUGCGAGUGGUACGCCGACUGGCCCCAAUUCCGGACCUCACUCAUAAGCCAUCUGUCAUUUCCGGCGCCGGCGCAGACGCCGGAGAAGCUGAGUAUUUUGGUUCCGGCGUGCGGGGCCUCGAGGCUGUCGGAGCAUCUCUACGACGAAGGGUUUAGGAACAUUACAAAUGUGGAUUUCUCGAAGGUGGUGAUUCAGGCCAUGAUGAAGAGGAAUAUCAAAGUACGGCCGGAGAUGAGGUGGCGCGUUAUGGAUAUCACUAAUAUUCAGUUUCCGAGUGGGACCUUUGAUGUCAUCGUCGAUAAGGGAGGAUUGGAUAUUCUGAUGGAUUCUGAGCUUGGCCCCAGAUCAGGACUACGAUCUUAUAUAUCCGAGGUUAAAAGACUGUUAAAAGCUGGAGGACGAUAUAUUUGUCUCACCUUGGCAGAACCUCUUGUGCUAGGUCUACUUUUUUUAAAGUUCCGAUUUGGGUGGAAGAUCAAUCUCUAUACCAUUUACGACGAAGCAUCUCCUGGAACCAACACACAACAGACUUUUAUGUUGGUCGCAGAGAAAUCAUUUUUAACUGUUGUGUCUCGGAUAGCACCAUUCAUGGAUGUAUCUUUUUUAGAAUCUCAGGGUAAUCAGGUUCAUGAGCUACUUGAAGCACUUGAGAGAGAAAAUAUUGUCCGCACAGCGUACUCCGAGGGCACAUAUAAAUGGUACUCACUUGAAGAGCUGAAGCAAGGGGUGAAAGGAAACAUUGGAGAGAUUGAAUCUGGUCGUCAUAUAAAUCUUUUUUUAGGUGAAACUGGAGUAUCGCGUUUCUUCUAUACCUGUGUCCUUCUUGAUGCUCCUGCAGAGACUGGACCUUUUUCCGAUCAAUUUCGCGUGAUAAUUUUUCUGCGAAGUCAUUCUGCCCAGAAGAUCCUCGCAGCAGAACUCCGACAAUGGCUCGUUCUUCAAUGCGUCAAAGCUGCUCGACUCUUGAUUAUUGUACAGGAUUCCAAUCAUAUUUGUAUUAAAUGGGCGGAUAUAGAGAAGGAUGUCUCUCAUUUUAUCUCUCAAUUGACCCCAGACGAAGCGGGUGAUGAAUAUGAGAUUGUAGUUUCGUCUGAAGAUGAUACAGUUGACGGGAUUAAGCAGAGGACAAUUCUGGUCGAGGUUCCAUCUGUCUUGACUGGUCUAAUGUAUGUAGAAGAUGUGAGAUAUAAUAAAUCUCAGGAUCUCACAUUCCGCCGCCUUUGUUUUCAUACAACUGAGACUUUGCUGCAUUCUGAAGCACAAUUAUCCACAGAAGCUUUCAGACAGAAGAAAGGGAAACCCAAAAAAAUCGCAUCAAGUGGUGAACUGAAAGUUGACCACAAAAUUUUGACAAAUGGAUUUCACAAGGGGGUUAUUGCUGGAUUACAGUUGUUUUCUGCACAUUCAAAAACAACUACCAAAGCUGGUGGUUUGGUCAAAACAGUGAUCAUUGGUCUUGGAACUGGAAUACUUCCUAUGUUUAUGAAGAAUUGCAUACCUUCUCUAAAGAUUGAGGUCGUCGAGUUAGAUCCUGUGGUUCUGAAUGUUGCUAGCGAAUAUUUUGGUUUUAUAGAAGAUGAAAGGUUGAAGGUACAUAUUUCAGAUGCAAUUGAGUUUGUCAGAGAGAGAGCAAAUUCCGAGGCAGCUGGAAGCAAAAUUGAUGUACUUAUAAUUGAUGUGGGUUCAUCAGACUCGAGUUCUGGUUUAAUCAGUCCAGAGGCAGACUUUGUUGAGGAAUCUUUUCUCUUGACUGUAAAAGACUCACUUUCCGACAAAGGUUUAUUCAUCAUUAAGUUGGUCUCAAGGUUCUCUAGCGUGAUAAGUGUGGUGCAUUCAAAAUUGAGAACGGUAUUUAGCAACCUGUAUCACGUUUACGUGGACGACGGUUUCGUCGAAAUAAUAUUUGCACUGAAGAAGGAAGCUCCGGUUAAAGUUGAUGAAGCUUGUGACGCACUUGCAAGAUCAUUAGAGCAUAAUUACGGUCAAGAUUGGGCCAAACGUGUGUUACGUGACUCAAAAUGUAUCGAGCCACUUGAGUGAAUGGUUUGAUUGUAAAUAAGUGACUGACUGGUUUUUGUAGCUAUUAAAACAGUGUUACUAUAUUGGUAUUUGCAGUUUUACUCUGGUGUUUUGUUGUAUGUACAGAGUACUGUACAAUGUGAUAUAAUAAAUAAAUUUGCACAUAUUAGUAUUACAUU